AUGGCGCAGCAGGUGGCUGAACCCACAACAUCCCUGGCCAACCUGGGACAGAGGAAAGUGGAGAUUCCAGCUCCACCUACAUCAAAAUGCAUCCUUUAUUGGAAAAGGAAAGUCAAGUCAGAAUACAUGCGCCUUAGGCAGCUCAAGAGGUUUCAGGCGAACAUGGGAGCAAAGGCUUUGUUUGCCUCUAACUAUGCGAAGGUACAAGAAAAGACAAACAUCCUGAAUGAGGACUGGAAGAGGCUCCGAGUUCAGCCUGUUCAGUCGAUGAAGCUGGUUCGGGGACAUCCUUUCCUCAAACAGUGCACGAUUGAGAGCCUCUUCCCCAGCUUCACCACACAGACCUUGUUCAUGCGGACUCUCAACACUGUGGCCCUGGUGCCCAUCAUGUAUUCCUGGUCCCCACUCCAACAGAAUUUCAUGGUGGAGGACGAAACUGUCCUGUGCAACAUCCCCUACAUGGGGGACGAGGUGAAAGAGGAAGACGAGACCUUCAUCGAGGAGCUCAUCAACAACUAUGAUGGCAAAGUGCACGGAGAGGAAGAAAUGCUGUCUACUUCAGUCCUCAUCAGCGACGCUGUGUUUCUCGAGCUGGUUGACGCCCUGAAUCAGUACUCCGAGGAGGAGGAGGAAGGGCACGACGCCGCCGAGGGCAAGCUGGAAGCCGGGAAGGAGGAGCUGCCCGUCACUCGGAAGAGAAAGCGGCUUUCCGUGGAAAGCAGCAAGAAAUGUCCCAAGAAGCACUUUCCAAAUGACAUGAUCUUUACUGCUAUUUCAUCAAUGUUCCCUGAAAAUGGUUUUCCAGAGGAUAUGAAGGAGAGAUACAGAGAACUGACGGAAGAGUCGGACCCGAAUGUGCUCCCGCCACAGUGCACCCCGAACAUCGAUGGGCCGUGUGCCAAGUCCGUACAGCGUGAGCAGGCCCUGCACUCCUUCCACACUCUUUUUUGUAGGCGCUGCUUCAAGUACGACUGCUUCCUCCACCCGUUCCAUGCGACGCCCAACGUGUACAAGCGGAAGAGCAGAGAGACCAAAAUUGAGACAGAGCCUUGUGGUCCAGACUGCUUCUUAUGGCUGGAGGGAGCCAAGGAGUUCGCUGUGCUGCGCAACCAACGGUCCAAGUGCUCUGGACGGCGCCGCCGCAGGGCCCCCGCCCUCAACGCCUCCUCUUCCUCCAGUGCUUCCACCUCCACGAGCACCGAAGCCAAGGAAGGCGACAGCGACCGAGACACGGGCAACGACUGGGCCUCCAGUUCCUCGGAGGCCAACUCGCGUUGCCAGACACCGACGAAGCAGAAGCUGAGCCCCGCCGUCUCGCAGCCGGUCCUGUCAGACGUGCCGCUGGAGCCCGUUGAGUGGUCGGGGGCGGAGGAGUCCCUCUUCCGUGUCUUCCACGGAACCUACUUCAACAAUUUCUGCUCCAUCGCGAGACUGCUGGGAACCAAGACCUGCAAGCAGGUGUUUCAGUUUGCCGUGAAGGAGUCCUUGAUAACGAAGCUGCCCACCAAUGAGCUCCUGAAUCCCUCCCAGAAGAAGAAGCGGAAGCACAGGUAUAAUUCAUCCACUCAAGUGUACAACUAUCAGCCCUGUGACCACCCUGAGCACCCUUGCGACAGCAACUGCCCUUGCAUCAUGACCCAGAAUUUCUGCGAGAAGUUCUGCCAGUGCAAUCCGGACUGCCAGAACCGCUUCCCUGGCUGCCGGUGCAAGACCCAGUGCAACACCAAGCAGUGUCCGUGCUACCUGGCGGUGCGGGAGUGCGAUCCAGACCUCUGCCUGACUUGUGGGGCCUCGGAACACUGGGACUCCAAGGUGGUUUCCUGCAAGAACUGCAGUAUCCAGCGGGGCCUGAAGAAGCACCUGCUGCUGGCUCCCUCCGAGGUGGCUGGCUGGGGAACCUUCAUCAAGGAGGCCGUGCAAAAGAAUGAAUUUAUCUCGGAGUACUGCGGGGAGCUCAUCUCCCAAGACGAGGCGGAUCGACGCGGGAAGGUCUAUGACAAAUAUAUGUCCAGUUUCCUCUUCAACCUCAACAAUGAUUUCGUGGUCGACGCGACCCGCAAAGGCAACAAGAUCCGCUUUGCCAACCACUCUGUCAAUCCCAACUGCUACGCCAAAGUGGUGAUGGUGAAUGGAGACCACCGCAUUGGGAUCUUUGCCAAGAGAGCCAUCCAGGCAGGCGAGGAGCUCUUCUUUGACUACAGGUACAGCCAGGCAGAUGCACUCAAGUAUGUCGGCAUAGAACGAGAGACGGACAUCAUGUAAUCGCUGCCGCUGACCCGCCGCGUCCGGACCCGCCCUGCUUCCCUCGCCGCUGUGUGUGUCGUGAAAGCCUCCUU